AUGAAUAAGUUGAAGAGCCAGGAUAACGUUGUGCACGGGGGACCAUUACUGGAGGAGUUAGAGGGGACGCAGACUAAAGAAGACGUGGCAUCAUUGGACAAUUGGCAGGCGGAAGUUGAUACUAUACAGACCAACUUGAAUUCAUCUGAAGAUUGUGCCGUUGGCACCCUAGUCUCUGAAAAUAGCCUUAAUGAACAGCCCACAAGACUGGUUGCUUUUUCAGAUGAUAGUGAUUCAAUGUUGGUUGACGCGAUCCCAUCUUUGGAGGAGCAGCGAGUUAUUGUUAAUAAGCUUUGGGAGGAGUUUGUAAAGGCAUCUACGGAGGGUGACAAGAUGUACAUCGUGCCUAGUCAGUGGUCGACUAAAUUUUUGGAUCAAAAUCAGACAGAUUAUACUGCUUUAGGGCAAAUGGAUAUUAAGUCUGUUGUUUUAGAUAGAGCUAAUCUGAUUCUUGCGCCCUUCGAUCUGAAUCCAUAUAUUGCAGUUCCUGAACCCGUAUUUAACCGGUGGUAUGAAUGGUAUGGAGUGACGGAGGGUUCUUUCCCAUUUUACACAGUGCUUGUUAAAGAUGCCGGGGGUCAAUUGAUAGUGGAGUAUGAUAGACCAAAGUUCAUGGUACAUUAUUUAACCAUUAAUGAAGACACACAAAAUUAUAAGUGUAACGCACAGGUUCCCAUUUUUUUUACGAUGUCUAGGUUAAGUACUAUGGAAGAUGUUGUUACCAGGGCAAUGAAGUUAUUUUGUGAAAGAGAAUCAAGUGUUGAUAUCGAUGUAACUAACUUUAGAACGUGGUAUAUAAAGGAUAAACCGUCAGCAUCCGAGAAUGUUAACGACUACCUAACGACCAACUAUAAAAUAAAGCCAUCCACGUUCGUAGAGUUUCCCAUGAAGCACUUAAUCAAAUCUGAACAACUCUCAUAUUCAAUCAAAGACUAUGAUUCUGAAACUAUUGACCUUGCUGUGGAACUAAAACCUCCUGCUAAGAACCAGCAUUGGGCAUCUAACUAUUACAUUUACAAUCAGAUGACACCCUCAAAUGGUACUGUUGGUUUAGGAAAUCUUGGAAAUACAUGUUACAUGAAUUCUGCGUUACAAUGUCUUGUUCAUAUUCCUGAAUUUAAGGAUUAUUUCUUGUACAAUGCUUAUGAGAAAGAAAUUAAUGUCGAUAAUCCCUUAGGUCACAAAGGCCAUAUUGCUUGGGCAUUUGGAACUUUGAUCCAGUCUUUAUUUGGAAAACGAAAUAACCUCAUCUCGAGUUACUCUCCCAGACAUUUUAAAACUACAAUUGGCCAUUUAAACUCCAUGUUUGCUGGAUACCAACAGCAAGAUUCUCAGGAGUUUCUCGCCUUUUUGUUAGAUGGUUUGCAUGAAGAUUUGAACAGGAUUGUAGAUAAGCCAUACGUUGAAAAACCAGAAUUAAACCCUACAGAUGAUGUGACUGAAUUCGAGACCAUCAAAAAGUUAGCGGAUGACACAUGGCUUAAACAUAAGCUGAGAAACGAUUCGGUAAUUUUGGAUCUAUUUGUCGGCCUUUACAAAUCAACAUUAAUUUGUCCCACAUGCAAAAAGGUGUCGACUACGUUUGAUCCUUAUAAUGAUUUAACUUUGCCGUUACCUGUGGACAGUACUUGGUCAAAUAAGGUGCUCAUUUUUCCACAUAGUUCUCCUCCAUACACUUUUGAAGUCGAGUUAAAUAAAACCGACACUUAUUGUGACUUAAAGAAAUAUGUUGCAAGAUGUACCGGUAUGAAUACAGCAGAUCUGCUGGGCGCUGAAGUAUUCAAUCAUCAAUUUUAUAACAACUAUGAAGCUUCACGUGCCGAUUCACAAUACCUUCCAAUCCAUGAGUUAAUAAGUGACAGUGAUGUAGUGGUAUUCUAUGAAGUUCCCAGAAGUGAGAAUGAUUUGGUUGUACCAGUUAUGAACACCGUGAUUGAAGAUGGAUUCAGGUCUGCGAAAUUGUGUGGUUUCCCGUUUUUCAUUUCACUUUCUGAGGAAGAACAAUCUGAUUAUGGCGUCAUAUUACAGAAAUUAGAAAAUGCAUUUAUCCAAUGGUCAGGUGGUUUCACAGAAUUUACAUUAGCAUCAAAGAAAAACGAUACCAUUACAUUGGACCAGCUACCCGUAUUGCAAAAAAAAUAUCCAGGUUUACAGCCGGAAGCUGUAGCAACCGAGUUAAAGUAUAUCAACCCUGAACAGCCUCCCGAAAAGUUCUUUAAAAUAAAGAUUUACGAUGGGCAGAUAAAUAAUCAGAGAUCUAGAUUUGCUUCUCAGCCAUAUCCUAGGUCUGCGCGUAACGAUCUUUGGACACCUGAACCUCAUGUGACCUUUAGUAAAGUUAAAGAUAUCACUGCAAAUUUAGAUCAAGUUUUAUGGGAUGCAUAUAACUAUGCUUCUAUCGGUUUGGAGGGAAGCGUGGAGAAUCCUAACAUCGAAUAUUCCGGUUGCAAUAACUUUUGCGAAAGCGAAGAUGCUUCCAUAUUAAAUGUAACCUCUCAAAAUAUUGGACCUCAUACGCAGUCGUCUGAUUCAGACAUGGAUAUCGAAGUAUCCAUCGACAACCAAGACUUACAAAAGGCUGAAUCUAGUGAAGAGCAUUCAUUAGAUCUAGUUGCAGAUACCUUGAACGAUAUUCCUCGCGAGAAACUAAUUAAGGCUCAAAAUGCGAUUAUCUGUGAGUGGAAUAGUAAAUCGUAUGACGAAGUGUUCAACAGUUCAUUAAAGGUUAAUUGGGAUUCACCUGGGGAAGUACCUAAUACUGAAUUAGAAGCAAGUAAAAGAGAACGGAAUGCCCAAGAAGAGAAGAAGAUUACAUUGCAUGAUUGUUUAACAUUGUUUUCAACUCCAGAGGUACUUGGAGCUACUGAUUCAUGGUAUUGUCCAAGUUGUAAAGAGCAUCGCCAAGCAACAAAACAGAUCGAGUUAUGGAAUACCCCUGAUAUUUUACUGAUACAUUUGAAAAGAUUUGAAAAUCAAAGGUCUUUUAGUGACAAAAUUGGCGAUAUAGUGCAUUUCCCAAUUACAGAUUUGGAUAUGUCACCAUAUCUUGUCUAUAAGGACGAUAAAAAAGGUACCAUCUAUGAUUUAAUAGCUGUUGACAAUCAUUAUGGUGGCCUUGGAGGUGGUCACUAUACAGCAUAUGUCAAAAAUUUUCUUGACAACAAAUGGUAUUAUUUUGACGAUUCCAGAGUAAACGAAACAGUUCCCGAACGUAGUAUAGCUGGUUCUGCAUAUUUGUUAUUCUAUAGAAGACGGACGGAGUCUAAUUACGUGGGAAGUCAGUAUUUAUGUGAUAUUAUAAACAAAUCUAGACAAAAAUAUGAUGAAAGAAUGAAACAAUUCAACGAUGCUGUGCUAGAUUUGUACACUGAAAGUAGAUCUGAUAAUGAGGAUGAAAGUGAACACAAUCAAGAACAAUCUUUAGAAGAUGAGGAAACAGAAGAUGAAGAUAAACGAGAAACUGUACAUUUACUUACUCUUGCGGAUGGCAGAGUAGACCAACGUGGAUCUAUUCCAAUCAAAGGCAUGAUUAGUCCAAAUAGUGACUAUAGUAUAGCUAGCCUGGAGGUCGGCGAUGGAAGUAGAGUUAGUGGAAAUGAUGAAGACAAUCACAACAAUAGCAGGAGGAAGUUGAGGUUGUUGCAAAAGACGUAUAAUUCACAAUCUUCUGAUAUUGCAUCGCCAGAAUCCACUCCAUGCUCAUCGACUGGGUCAAUUUCUGACGAGAAUACUGAAAACACGAAAAUAGGCCCAACAAGAAAUGAAAGCAUUCCUGAUUCCCCAUCUGUUAGCUAG